AUGUCCCUGAUCCCAUACCACCCUCACGAGGGCCGUGAAAUUGUCCUCCGCCACCGAAACGCCCUCGUCGUACGAGACCCGGACUCGCAGCUUCUCGAGAUUCGCGGCCACGCAUGUCCGACUUGCCACCAGCCCCUGCCACAGUCUUCGGCAGGCGGUCAUGCCUAUGACCGAUCAUACGAGGGGACCGACGACUCCUUUGUCGACCCAGAAUAUUUUCGCAUGCUGCGCCGUGGUAACUACAACUUUCUCCAUGCCGCCGGACGAGCCUCCCAGAGCCCUGUGCGGUCGCUGCCGCGACCCAGCUACGAUACCAGCCCUCGCGGAUUUCGACAACCCGAGGUGCGAGAUGAAGAUGAAGAGUUGGAGCUGCAUGACACGCCACAGAGGAGGGGCAGCAGGAUUCGCCGCGAGGCCUUUACUCCGAACUACUUCAAGACCUUCUUCAGAGAAGAACGGGUCCUGGGGAAAGGUGGCAAGGGCGUUGUUCUGCUCGUCCGGCACGAAAUUGCCGGAUGCAGUCUCGGGCACUUCGCGUGUAAGCGAGUGCCCGUCGGCGAUGACCACGCCUGGCUGGAAAAGACACUGAUCGAGGUCGAGUUGCUAGCCGCGCUUUCCCAUCCAAACCUUGUCUCAUAUCGCCAUGCGUGGCUGGAGGAUGUAGACUUGGGCCAGUUUGCUCCAUCUGUCGCGUGUGCAUUUAUUUUGCAGCAAUACUGCAAUGGCGGUGAUCUUCAGUGCCAUGUUGUGGGUGAGGCGCCAACACCGGCAACCAAAGAAGAGCUCAAAGCUCGGAUGCGACGCCGUUCCAAGGGUCAGCCCGAGCCACCAGGGAAUCUGACUGGGAACAAGUCCCAACUUGCAUUGGAAGAAAUCUAUUCGUUGUUUAAGGAUGUCACAUCGGGGGUCGCAUAUCUUCAUGCUGCCAACUACAUUCACCGUGACCUCAAGCCCAGCAAUUGCCUGCUACACCGGGAGAACUCGAGCCUCAGAUGCUUGAUCAGCGACUUUGGCGAGGUUCAAGCGGAGAAUACAACCAGAAAAUCAACCGGUUCUACGGGGACUAUAUCCUAUUGCGCGCCGGAGGUUCUCAAGCUGGACCCGGCAACCGGCCGCUACGGCAACUUUACUACCAAGUCGGACAUGUUCUCGCUAGGCAUGAUUCUAUACUUUAUGUGUUUCGGCAAGCUGCCAUAUCGAAGCGCCAACGCCAUACAAGAGGAGCUAGAGGACGUAGAGCUGCUGCGCGCUGAAAUUACGGAUUGGCAGGGCUUUAUAGAGGAGCGACGCGAGCGGCCCGACCUGCCCGCUAAGCUGUACACACUGCUUAAGAAGCUGCUGGCUCUUGACCCCGCGGAAAGACCGAGCGCAAAUGAGGUGUUACACGCGAUGAAGAGUGAAACCAAUUUUGACGCCCUGGGACGUCCUGAUCGGGCAAAUACAGUGCUAGGGGGCGUCCGGUCAAACCGAGUGCAGAGUCUUGAUUCCCCAGCUGGACCAGGGACACCGGUGCCAGAUACGACGCCAAACACAAACCGAGGUUCCCGUUUUAGGGAAGGUAGAGUACCUUGGGCAACAUCAGAAGAUCCAGACGCGAAUGAUCAAGGUAUCGAACAAUCGCUCGCUGUAUCUCAUCGAGAUAUUAAUGGCUACCAAGACGGAUCUACAACGCCAACGGCGACCAAUACCUUGGCUACUGCGCCACGGGGCGUGUCUCGCGAUAAUCACCGCCACCACCAGCGCACGCCCACGACGCCGCUCCUGCUGGCUCCGCCGCGCAGUCUCUGGGCUGAUAUUGAGCAUCGCGUCUCUGUCGCGCUCUACUACGUGUGCUGGGCCAUUGGUGUCGAGAUGCAGUCGCUCGUGUACGCCUUCCAGCUGGCCGUCUUCGUGGUCAAGGCAGCGACGCUCCUGCGGCCAUGCUGGCCCUACGUGGCGAGCCUGCAGGUGAGCGCGCCGCUCCUGGUCGUUGCCGCGCUCGAGCUGCUCUUUGCCUCAUCGCCGGUGACUCACGGCAACCGAUUGCACGGCGAGCAUUAUCACAUCGGCGGGCUGUUUCAGGCCCGUGGCACCGGCACCAUGCUCCUCGCGUUUCACUUUGCCACCCUCUGGCUGGCAGGCCGUUGGGACGCCCUCUGCGUCCACGGCCCGCGCCAAGGAUGGGCGGAGUGGUAG